AGAAAAGCCUUUUACGGCCCAUUGUGUGUGUGGGGAAUUAAAAGGUUUACUACGGCUACUCCUCUUCUCCAAAAGAAAUUCGAAUUUUGGGAGAAACGAUCGCUUCUCCGGCUACCAUCGGAACCGAGAAAAUGGUUAAGAAGCUUGAAAGGUCGGAUUGUGUUACUCCAUUGGUAGUAGAUUUAUCUGAUUCAUCCACCGAUGAAGGAACUCCAUUAAGACCUGUAUUCUGCCUCAAAAAGAGAGAGCAAUUGAAAGAAUUUGAAGAGAAAGAGGAGUGCUUUAUCCUCGAUUUUGAUCCUUAUGAAUCUGUAGAUAUCUCAAAAUUAUCUGUUUCCAACAGUCGUGAUGCUUCUGACCUUUCUGUUCUCGCCGAAAAAGGAGAGGUGGCAUGUCGGGACUUUCCACAUCCAAGGCAUGACUGCGCGAAACAUCCUUUUUGGAAGACACCUCACCAGGAUUACUGUGACAUGUGUUAUUGCUAUGUCUGUGAUGUGGCUGCUCCUUGCAAAUCCUGGAUUGGGAAUUCAGCCCAUUGCCAUGCCAUGAAUAAUGAGGCUUGGAAAGCUCUGAGGAAUGCCCCUAAAAAGUAAUUGAAGAAAAAGUAUUCACAACAUUGCAACUUUGCUAGACUUGUAAAUUUUGUGUAGUGAUGGCUCGGUCGCUGCAGUAUGGUUACGUACCUAGUUAUGAUUUGGGAUAUUAAGUUGGAUAUGAUAUCUGCAUCUCAAAAUUAAGCUAGAUUUUUGUUGGUAUUUUGCUCAAGGUUUCUUUUGUUGCUAAAGUUCUUUUUAGCUGUAGUUAUAUAUUGAUAUAGUAUUUGUAGGAAUUGAUAUAGGAGUUGUAGGAAAUACUACUACAUUUCUUGGGUUUCUAUGAGUCCCCUUCUUUCUCAAGAACAAUUUUUUUUUU